AGUCUCAGCGUGUUCAGCACAUCGUGCGCUCUCGAGCAUUCGAAAAUUGAAAUGAUUCAUUACUUUUUUGUUUAAUUUAUUCAGUGACAGUACGUUUUAUCGGUAAAUAUAGUCUGUAAAACCUGUUUACUGCGUGGUGUUGUCGAUUGAACCCAGUUUUGUGUAUGUAAUAAUACAAGAAUUUGUUUGCGUGUUUAAUUAAUAAUUACGUGUUAAAUAAUUUUGUUUGAUAUUUAUUUCCAUGGUCGUGUUCCCUAUAUUAGUUAUUUAAGUUAACAAAUCUUGAUAUAAAUAAUUUAAUAUUGAAAUGAUGCUUUUGAUAGAGCCCUACCAUAGAGUCCUGUACCGGCCAGAGACAGUGUGUUCCAAAUAUAAAACGCAGAACUUUACGGUAUUUAAAUAAACUAAAAAGUUGAGUGCGGUGAAUUAAUACCUGUAAAAAAUAACGGUGAUAAUUAUAAUUAUUUAUUAAAACAAUGUCUGUAUCCGUUAAUGUGAAUAUAUACCUAUACAGUGGAAAUCUAGAUAGACUAUAAAAGGAAUAGUGUUUCGUAACUUUUUAUGUUUAUGCUCUGUGAUAAUAUAAAAUCUAAAUAAAAUCAAAAUGGGAAAGAAGAAGAAACAUAACGGCAAAAAGAGUGGCAACAGAUUUUUUCGCUGGAUGAGAAGUGACUUACCAGAUGAAGAGGAUAAGAAGACACCUGUCCUCCUUUUGGGAGUAAACAAGAUUUCUGAUUCUCCAUCAUUUGUAAGAAGAAGGUCAACAGAACCACACACAUCUGGUUCAAUAAGAUUUUUUCGUCCGCCGAAAUCGAAAUAUACGAGAGGGCUUCAUGGAGAUGAAAGAUUGGAGAAAAUUAGGCAAGAUCUCUUAGUCCACAAACAUAAGCCAGAUAGGUACAUUCCAAAUACAAAUCAAGAUAUUUCGUUAGAGCCUGUAGCAAAAAGACCAUGUCUGAAAUUGAGCUGCGUGAGAAACUGUAAUUGCGACAGGAGUAAAUCUUCAAAUAGAGGGUCAUUUUCCUUUCAUAGGCCUGACAACCGCCAGUCUUCCCUGUGCCCGUCUGAACCUUACGGAAAGCCUGAAGAAAGGAAAGAUUUUUCAGAAAACGAUAUUGAAUAUAAAUAUACAGAAUACAUUCCAGAUUCCGAACCUUCUAGCAGUAAGCAAACCUCAUACAAUAUUACUCCCAAAUCAACGGAACGUAGACAUUUUUUGCUCUCAAACUUGAAUGAGAGAUUUCGCAAAACGCUUAGCUUGGAUUCACGUAAAAUUGAAACCAAUCGUAUACCACUGAGCUUGCCCCAAGAGCAACGACCCAAAUCUCUUGUAAAUACGAGUAAUAUUUGUAUGCAACAAUUCAAAUCGGGUGAUCCAUUCAUAUUACCAAAUUUCGAUAAGUCUAGCCAGCCAAAGAAGAAACGAAAAUCGUUCUUCUCACUUGACACGUUUUUUGAUUCAAAAAAGUCCGACACAUCUUCUGUAGAUGAUUACUGUUCGUCAAAAUAUAAACGAUUUGAGUUAGAAAGCGAUGAAUCGCCACUUUUCAGACGUGAAAUUUCACAUCAACAGCACGGAGAGAAAACUCCGGACUUAUUAAAUUUACCAGUCAUAAUAGAUUCUGUUCGAAAGAAACAAUCGGAAACGAGACGACAGUUGGACAAGUUAGAAAGUCAUUUCUAUAAAAGCUUAAGUAAAACACAGACUGUUAUAGACGCGGUACCGAAAGACGCUACCGACGUACAAGGUCCAAGCGGACAUUCCAACCAUUUGUUCGUAUACGAUGACGACGUGGAAUACAUUGAACCAAUAAGGAGUAAUUUUACUAGUCAAAGCACAUUAAUUCUAGAUAAGAACUUUCUGAAACCUGAUUCAAUAUUAACGAUUAACACAGAAGAGACUGACAUUAAACUUCCAAGCUCCACCGUUUCACCGAAAUCUAAUGAAGUUAGAAAUCUUGAUAAUGAUUUAGAUAGUAUCGGUGCUUAUGAAAUAGAAGUAAAGGAAGCCGAUUUAAUAAAAGAUAAAGCAAAAAACUUGACAGUGAAAGUGAUGGACAAAUCGGUGGAUUCUAUUGGUAGCUGCUCCCUCGAUGUCGACGCAAGUACAGACUUUUCAGAUACCACUUCAGGAAGCUUGAAUCUUCUCACGCCAUCGUCUACAAAUAGUCGCAUUCGGGAUUUCACGUCCCGAAUCCAGGAGAGAGCUGGAUCAAAUCUACAACCAAGUUACCAGCCAACACCCACGCUCACACCCACACAUACUCCAGAGGACGUCACACCAACGCCCAAGAAAGAAAAUCUACUUAGACCACCACCUAAACUUUAUGUGGAAACUAGUAGCCAUAGAUCACGUGGAUAUCAUAAAAAACGAGAGGAAGUGACUCAAAAAAAGCCUAGUUAUUUAAACUUAGCUUGCUCAGUCAAUGGUUACACUAAUCUAACAACGUACGACUCGAAGCUACGGCAGGAUAUCAAUAAGAGCCGUGAAGCAUCACCAAUAAGGCCCAUUACACACACAUACCAGUAUAAAAGCGAAAAUAAUUCUUUACUUGUUCCAGUCCCUAUUGGCGCAAACAAACUGCUUGUACCUAAUUUUAUUCCCCAUGACACUGGAACUAAUUUGACAACAAAAGCGCCUUCUAAGGCGCACACGGAUCCGUACCUGUCAUCACCAGUACAUGCUCAUAUGGCUGCUGAGAAUAAACAACUUAAGAACGAUUUUUUAGGCCCCAGCAUGACGACGACGAGUAGACCUUAUAUAUCUAGUGAAAAUAAGAAUUUCGCCACAUCAAUGCUCCAUAAGGACGAAGUCGACAAUGCUAAAGAAAUUACUUUUAAGUCUAGUUACUCAGAAACUAAUUUCAGACAAACAGUUACGACAAAUGGCAAGGAAUCCCGGUAUAGCUCUGAAUCUUACACAAUAUCUUCAAAUUGUAUGUCGAAAAGGGUGGAGAUUACGAAAGAAAAUGGUGAGAAACUGACGAGUCCAAUGAAAAGUUUUAUUCAACAACGUGUCGAGAGACUCUACGGUCCCGGAGCACUUGCACAAGGAUUCUUUAACCAAAAACGCCUUAAAUUUAAAAGUCAUAGUGAUGAAGACGAUUCCAAAGUGCUAACAGAGAAGUCAUUAAACUGCCCUGAGAAAUUAUUGUCUCCAAGAAAAUCCUGUAGUAACCUAGAGAGUGAAAAUAUAUAUUCUAGUCCCAAUGAAAUGGACUCCAGUGUUCUACCUGUCUUAAGACAUUUACGACCGGAAUUCCGAGCUCAGCUUCCAAUACUAUCACCUAAGAAAAGCUUAAAAUGUGAUCUAUCCCCACAAAAGGAUCAAGACAUUCCAAAGUCUAUAGACAAGACUGAAGUAAUAGAACCAGGUCAAGGUAAAACAAGUGAAGUGUCUGUGACAAAUGGUGUAUCUGUGAUAAGUUUAGAUGAUGACAAAGAGAUUGUGGUUAAAGACCCUAUAAAUGGGAGUGUGAAAGUGAAUGGUGCUGACAAAGUUAAUGGAGAGGUUGUUAAAGAUGCACAUUAUUUCCUUGAUCUGGAGAAGAAGGAGACAGAGCGACUAAUUGCACUUGCAGCCAGUGCAGAGAAGGAGCUGGAGAUCUUGCAGAACCAAGAGAAUAUAAGUGAAGAAGUACUGGGUUUACUGAGAGCCGCGUCCGGUAAAGCACGCCUGCUGGCCACGCAGAAGAUGCAACAAUUUGAAGGCCUCUGUUACAACAACAUCAAUGAACGUCUGGACGAGCCGUUCCCUACCACAGUGGAAGAUUUACAAGGCUUCUGGGACAUGGUGUGCCUGCAGGUCCGCAACGUAGACGCCCUGUACGAACACAUAGCAGCAAUGAAGGCUAACAACUGGCAGGAGAUCGCUUCACCAGUGGCAAAGCCACCAACUGUGACCACUUCACCAGCACGCGGCAGUUCUAGAGUGACGCCUCGUGUCAGUAACGAGAAGGCGCGUUUAGCUGCCGAGAAACGUGAAGCCGAUCGCAAGGCUAUGCUUGAGCACAGAAGACGUAUUGCACGCGAAAGACAACUGGCGGCUCGAGCGGCGACUCCCGGUAGCAGCCAGGAGAAGGAGGACGAAAUGGGCAUUGAAGGCAGUCAGGAAGUUGAAAUAUUUGUAGGCAAAAGCGGUAAACCGGUGAAAAUCGCCCCAAAAGGAGACUGCACAAGUGCCAACCAAUCUGAAGACUCCAUCAAUCAAAGCUGAUUUGACUGUCAAGUGUAUGAACUUUUGUAUAGUUAAAAUUGUCCCCUGGGUUAUAUUAUCUGGAAUUAAAAUAGCAGGCUUCAUAAUAAUUUAUUAUUCUAGCAUUAACAAUACUGUUUUAAUCUCAUGACAAGUUUAGUAAUUUCCUACUAGAAACUUAUCACCUAGUUUUGAAUGCAUUGCAAAUUUUUUUUUUUCCAAUAAACACCUUUUUAUUUUAAAGGUGUCAAACAAAUUAACAUAAAAGUUAUUCCCGAGUUCCAGACUAAUAUAAUCUUACUUUGAUCUUAAGUCUAGUUUGUGGUAAAAAUAUAGAUACUUUGAAAAUUUUAGGCUCAAUGAUGAAUUACGGUGAUAAUUUAUUUUAUAUUCCAUGUAAUAAUAAUAACUGUUGACUACUCAUGCUCCUAACUAAAAAGUAAGUAAAUAAUAAAUAACUGAUAAAAUUAUGGACUUAUUUGUGAAAAUUGAUGGAGAAUAUAAGUUUUUUCAUGAUAUGUACAAACACUAAAGAAUGUAAAAAUAAAUGAGUAAUUGUUAGUUUAUAAGCCUUUCGAAUUAUAAUUUAUCCAUAAUCAGGAAAAUAAAUAGGUUAUAAUAAUUUUGUGUAAUAUAUUGCUGGAUACUCAAAUUUAAUACAUUAUAUAUAUUCUUUUUUUUUUAAAUAUUAUUUUACAAUUAAAUUAUGUUCAAAUUGCUUAUGAAUUGUCUUAAUAAAUUAUUUUAAUCGAUC